AUGGGACUGCCCCAUAUAGAAGGGAUAACCACGGAGGGUGAACUUGAAACAAAGAAGGAAAGUGAAGUUUCGACAACAAAAGUUUCUACGAGGGUCACUCAACAAGUACGAGCGCCCAAACCAAUGUCACCUUUCGCCAAGUUUCGUCAGUUGGACAAACAAAACAGUCUCAACAAACCAACCCCUCCAAGUCUAAAUGAAAACAUUCAACUAGACAACUUCUCCAGCAGCUGGGCAGACGGACUAGCCUUUUGCGCUCUCAUCCACCAUUUCCUGCCAGACGCCUUCGAUUACAGCACCCUCACGCCAAAAGAUCGUCGACACAACUUUGAACUGGCUUUCCAAGUUGCCGAUGAGAAAGCCGACAUUGCACCACUUUUGGAUGUCGAGGACAUGCUAGAAACCCGAAGGCCAGAUUGGAAAUGCGUUUUUACCUACGUCCAGUCCAUCUACAGACGUUUCAAAGAUGAAGAUUAA